AUGAAUGAAGAUCAUGUAAUACGUUUGUUAGCAAGAUUACUUAAGGAAGGUUUCAUUUCUAGUGGAGAAUAUAAUGUGACUAAGCCAAUAGGCUCAAGACUAGCACGUCUCUAUGGUGUACCAAAAUUACAUAAGGCUAAAGAAAAUUAUCCAUUACGUUCGGUUAUGUCUCCAAUCAAAGAAGUUGGAUAUGGUUUAGGAAAAAUGCUCAGAAAUCGAUUAUCACAUCUUUAA